AUGGGUUAUUUUCUGUUGAUGAUCACCUGCCUUUUAGAAGAUUUAUUUAAUAUAAAAAUAGUUGUUACUGGUGAUGACUUAUCAAAUGAUAAGAAACGUUCAUUAAUUAUAUUAAAUCACCGAACACGCCUUGAUUGGAUGUUUGUAUGGAUGCUGCAUAGUCGAUACAAAAUUCUUAAGCAACUAAAAAUUGUUUUGAAAGCUCAACUUAAACGUGUACCUUUCCUAGGCUGGAGUAUUCAACAUGCUGGUUAUCUUUUUCUUGAACGUAUUUGGACAAAAGAUCAACAAAAAAUGAAAAGUGUUAUAAGUUAUUAUAAAUCUUGUCAAACUCCACUUUCCCUAUUAAUCUUUCCGGAAGGAACAAAUUUAAACGAUGAAACAAGAAUAAAAAGUAAUAAUUACGCUUCAAAACAAACGAACUACAAUAGGCCAUAUUAUUAUUGUCUUCACCCACAUAUCACAGGAUUCACAUAUUUACUUAAUACAAUGCGAUCAGACGAUAUGAUUGAUAAUAUUGAUGAUGUAACAAUUGGUUAUGAAGGAGAUUUUCCAAUAACAGAAUUUGAUUUAUUGAAAGGUGUUUUUCCAAGUGUAGUUCAUUUUCAUGUUAAACGCUAUUCUAUAAAUGAUUUACCACAAGAAGAUGAAAAAAUUGGUGAAUGGUUACAAAACUGUUGGGAUGAAAAAGAAAAUCGACUGAAAAAAUUUUAUAUGACAAAACAAUUCGAUCCACUGUUAAACACAUUUGAAAAUAGAAAAAUCGAAUCAAAUGUACGAUUUCAGCGUCGUCUAGCAAUGAUUUUAUGGACUUUAUUCGUACUGUUUUGGUCAUACUGUCUCAUUGCUUAUAUUAAAAUAAAAAUAUACGUUUUCAUAGUGUGUUUAUUUCACUUGGUAUUGGAGGUAUUUGCCAAUGGUAUUAUUGAUUUUGUUUGUCAGUUGGAUGCAAAUUAUCGACAAAAACAAACUGCUAUUAAACAAGACUAA